AUGCCUCCCAAACACCGCGAUGGCGACGUCAUCGCUGUGAUCCCCGGGCACUACAUCUCCUGGGCGCAUACCAUUGCCGCAUAUGCCGCCUUCCUCGGAGCUCUGAUAGUGGGCAUGUGGUUGCAUUACCACAAGAUCGUUCAAAACGAACACUAUGGCUAUCCCGUCGAAUGGUUCCCGUCGGUCAGCGCAACAAUAGGAGACCGCUAUCCCGAACGCUCCGUCUUCCAGAUCUUCAUCGCCAUGUGCUCCGGCCCGCGGUUCGCAUUGGUCUUCUUGUACUACUGCCUUGCCAAACGACCUGGUAGCAGUCUGCCAGCGUUCAUCCUGGGUGUGGGCAUCUUCCGAACAUUGACAUGUGGUGGAUGGACCUACGUGACCAGCACCGACGACCACGACUGGCAUGACAUUUUCAUGAUCAGCUAUCUCGUCGCUACCCUUCCUUGGACCGUGGGCUGUCUCAUGCUGAGCCCUCCCAAUCCUACCGCCAUCCAAUACCGAAAGUAUCUCGCCACUGCUUUCUUCGCAACCCUCGUUCCUUUGAUCUACUUCUUCAUCCAGCACAAGGUCCAUCGUGUGCCUGGAGCUUACACAAUCUAUGCCUUCUUCGAGUGGGCCCUCGUCCUCCUCGAUGUCGCCUUCGAUGCAGUCACCGCGUUGGACUUCAGCAGCUUCGAGCUGGUCGUGAAAGAUGUCAAGGGUCUGAGCAGAGGAGACAAAUCCCGAGUCGCAGAUCGUGUUCUCGAGAAGGAGCGGAACAAGCAGAUUGGCCGCGUAUUCGACGCCAAAUUCUCCUCAUCGGAAAUGAUUGAUGCCGUUGCCGAUGUCUAUCUGGGCUUCACAUUUUGGAGUGUCCUUACUGGCCUCGGAGUGGUCGUCUGGUACUUUCCCCUCUGGCACAUGGGCAUCUCUGGUUAUGAAGUGGCCGUCAUGUCUACAAUCUCACCCAUUCUCCUCGAAAUCGGCCCCGUGCGACGACUAGUCUUCGGCAACAUCCCACUCAUUCAAGCCACCACGAUCGUUGGUCUCCUUGCAUAUCUGUUCAAAUCCCCGGAAAGUCGACUUGGUGCCGUGAGUCUUGCAGUAUGGCAAGGCUGCCUGGCAUGGGCGGCUACGUGGUACACCGCGCGUGGCAAUCCGGCCAAACUCGAAGCCAGGACAACAGCAUGGUUACUGGGACUGAUUGCGAGCAGCAUUGCCAAGUUCGCGUUCCAAACCAACAACCCUCUCUGGGCUGUCGUGAAUGAGACCAACGGUGGAUGGAACAAGACGGGUACUGCGCUCUUCGUGUUGGCACUUGCUCGAGUCUGGCAACGGAGCACGACUGGCAGCGGUACCGCUCAACCAUCAGAAAAAGCCAAGGGACCAUCGCUUCUCGCUGGACUCGGCCUUGGUGGCGCCUUCUUCGGCCUUCACUCAUUGUUUUCCGACUCGAGCACCAUGAUCUUGUGGGUCUGGGAAGGCUACCCAGUCCGAGGGCCGAUUGCCGUGCCACAUGGUGCCGUGACGAUCCUGGUCAUGGGUCUCGGACUGCUCUUUGGUCUAUUCUAUCCCAACGUAGCCCGUAGCUGGACUGCUUACGGCGUUGGUUCAGUUGGAGCAGCCGUGCUCACCGGCUUCUCGCACUGGUUCGGAUACUACGGCGGACUGGCAUUGUGCUUCUACUUGAUGGCCGUCACGCCAGCCCUGAUUUCCAACGCGGUCCGCUUUGCCCCUGGUCGCACCUUCUUCUUCGGCUUCUUCUUCUACAACUUCAUGGUUCUCUUCCAUGUUUGGGUCGUCGCAUACGCCUUUGUACCCGGGGGACCGCUUGUUCGAGAGCGUACUGAUUGGGUGAUGGCGACCACCAUGCUGAUGAUUGGCGCCGGCAUCUUCUCUUCCAUCCAGAACAGCGGCAGCCCGGCCAAGCAAAAAUCUGCACAGCCGCCUUUCAACCCCGCCGCGAGGAAGCAGAGGAGCUACUACAUUUACAUCCUGCUCUUCCUGCAGCUUCUAAGCGCCAGCGUGGCCUACCUGCGCUUCCCAUCUUACGAUUACCAGCCGUAUCACAAAAACAGCAAAUCCAUCACGGCAGGCGUCUGGACCAUCCACUUCAGCAUCGACAACGACAUGUGGAGUUCCGAGCGGCGCAUCGAGCAGCUCAUCCGCGAGACCGAGCUGGACGUCGUUGGCCUGAUCGAGUCGGAUCUGCAGCGCAUCAUCAUGGGCAACCGCGACACGACGCAGUACCUGGCCGAGGAGCUGGGCAUGUGGGUGGACUACGGCCCCGGCCCGAACAAGCACACCUGGGGCUGCGCGCUGCUCUCCAAAUUCCCCAUCGUCAACUCGACGCAUCACCUCCUCCCCAGCCCGGUCGGCGAGCUGGCGCCAGCCAUCCACGCCACCAUCGAUGCAUACGGCGAGCUCAUCGACGUUCUGGUUUUCCACUCUGGCCAAGAAGAGGAUCCGGAAGAUCGCCGCCAGCAGUCGGAGUACCUUGCCGAUUUGAUGCGCAGCUCCCCGCGCCCAACCAUCUUGCUCUCGUACCUGGUCAUCAAGCCCGGAGAGGGCAAUUACAAUACGUACGUAGGUGAGAGGAGCGGAAUGAAGGACAUUGAUCCCAGCGAUUGGGACCGGUGGUGUGAGUACAUCUUGUACAAGGGCCUGAAGAGGACGGGAUACGCGAGAGUGAGCAGGGGCUCCAUCACCGACACCGAACUACAGAUUGGGAAGUUUGUCGUUGGCCAGCCGGAAGGCGGGAACGAGAUGAUUUCCGAGGAGUCGGUGCAUCCUGAUCUGCGCUUCCCGGCGCUGUUCCGGGGGCAAGGGGUAAGGGAUCACUACUACCAUGUGUUCAACGAGCCUCGAUACUUUGCAUAG